AUGGUGUCUUUUGGACCUAAGCUGACUGGUAUCUCUCUGUCAGUGCUGGGCUGGGUGCUGAGUGUGAUCAGCUGUGCUCUGCCGAUGUGGGUGCUCUCCAACUCCAGGGCCACCAUUUAUAAUAACUAUGGACAUAUUGACCCCAGGAUGGAAUGGUGUGGUCUGUGGAUGAGAUGUGAGUCCCACAGCACAGGACAGAUGCAGUGUCAUUUCUAUUCCCUCAUCAAUCAAGAACUGCAGACCCUCAGAGCACUCUCUGUCCUCGCCAUCAUCUUGGGAGUGGUGGGAGUUUUCAUAAACAUUGUGAGAGUAAAAUGCACCAACUUCAUUCAAAACGAGAGAGUCAAAGCCAGGUUGAUGGUUUCCUCUGGAGGGAUGUUCAUCACUGCAGCUCUGUUACAACUGGUGCCUGUUUUCUGGGUGGUACAUGACAUCACAUGGUUGUGGUGGUGGUAUGAUUACCCUGGAGAGAAGACCGGGGUGUCUCUGUAUCUGGGUUGGGCCGCCUCUGUCCUGAUGCUUAUUGGAGGGUCCAUUCUCUGCUGCAUCUGCCCUCCAGAAGAAGACAAACCAAGAAAGUCCAACAUACAUGGUCAAAGUCAUGCUGAAUACUCUGUGGCUCCGAAGUCAACAACUCAAAGCUCCAACAUCAAAAUACAUGAGGUGUGA